GAAUUGGGUUUUACAAGUGGAACAAAGAGUGCAUAGCAUAGAAGGAGAAGGAGUAUCUCAGAUUGAAGGGGAAGUUGUUUCAAGAUUGAAUCCAUAUGGAAGUUGAAGCUGAUCACAGAUGGUUCAUUUUAACUGGUAGCAUGAGUAAACGUGGAAGUUAUAGAGGACAGACCAUAAGUCGAUGGGCCAUAUUUUAUUCUUCUGAGUCUUCUAAUGGUGUAAGCCUCAGGUUGUCCUAUCUGAAUCAGACGGAGAGGAGUCAAAGACGCUAAAGAUAGGCACCAUUCAGUCAUUUACAUGCCCUAAAUUUGCCACUCCUAAUAAUAUAUAGUUACAAAUAUAAAACUGCAUGCAUCUGCUUGCAUUUCGCUCCAUAAGCCCCACCUCCUAAUAAUCGUUUCGCUCUUCUUUCCCUACAUUCCUGUGUAAUUACAUCUCACAAAGGUAGCUUCAAACCCUUUGUGGGCCACGGCCGUGCGUGUGGGGAGCUACCAUCACCGCGGUCCGCCCACAACUGCCCACCACCACCACAUUAUUGAUAACUAUCCUGCCUUUAAUAAUCAAUUACCAUGUCUCAUCAACCAUUCCAACUCUUAGAAAUUAACCUUACCUCUGCUCAGGACCUGGCACCGGUUUCCAAGUCCAUGCGAACCUAUGCAGUGGUGUGGGUGCAUCCGGAGCGCAAGCUCACAACCAGGGUCGACCAGGCAGGCCACUUCAAUCCCACAUGGAAAGAAAAAUUCGUGUUCAGAGUGGACAAUGCCUUCCUUGAUGCCGAGGAAUCCUCUAUCAUGAUUGAAAUCUAUGCUGUAGCGUGGCUCCGUGACGUUCUGAUUGGCUCCGUCCGUGUCCUUAUCAGUAACCUCUUUGAUUCUAACUUUGGUACCAACAUGCGUUUUACUUCCCUCCAGGUCAGACGCCCCUCUGGGAGGCCCCAAGGGAUCAUCAACAUGAGUUUUGCCCUCCUCAACGGCACCAUGCGUAGCAUGCCUUUAUGCCCCGAGCUAAGCUCCUCUGCCGUGGGAUUCAAUGACUUGAUGGAUGCGAAAACUCGCAAUGUCAACAAUCAGGACAAUCACAAGCAGCUUAUUAAACUACGCCGCAUACAAAGUGAUGUCACAGAUCGCACAACGGAAGAAAAUUCAAAGAAACGCUGUAAUGGUGGCUCAAUCUGUUAUGGAGGAAAUGGUUCCAUUUGCAACAGUUCUGUUAUGAGCAUAUCAGAGAUUAUAACCACCACCAAGCAGAAAGAAAAAAGUGGCAGCACUGUCAACGGCUCACUUUGCAACUCUGACGUGGGGCCGUCAGCUUCAGUGAUUGCUGCAGCAAUAGCAAAAGGAUUGUACAGGACUCCUCAGCCCCAGCGCUGCAAGGAGAACAGAAUAUUGAACAAUUGGACAGAGAAAGAGAGCGAAGAAGGUCUGAAAAUGAAGCUGGAGCGGUGGAGGACAGAGCUGCCUCCCGUAUAUGACCACGACACUCAGAGGAUGUUGUCGAAGAGGAGGCAGAGGCGAAGGCGAGAGCGGAGAUCAGGUUCGGGGUUGUUUUCGUGUUUUGGUAAUGCUUUUGGGUUGGAGAUAUCAGUCACUUGUGGAGGGAGUAGUAAGAGGAGGGUCAAUGGGAAUGGCAAAGUUUUUCACCUUAGCUCUGUGGAUGAAAAUUACAGUCAAUCCUUCAUUUGAGGAUUAUUUGGACUAAAAAAUCUUGCUUCAGUCAGAUGCAAUGAUGAUUGAUGGGGUUGCCUUCGCUGCUGGUCUGUGGCUAUGAUGCUUCUUGGGUUGUAGACAUGAUCGAUUCGAAUUUUCUUGUGGUGGAUUGGAUACAAAACAUCAAAAAAGGGUUGUCAAAAAUACAAGCUUUGGAGAGAGGCUACUAUCGUCUUGCUAGAAGCCAAUUUGUGGUCGCAUAAAAUCGCUUGUUGGGCAGCUGACAGUGCUUGGACUAACCAAUGGAGUUCUCCAGCAAUCUCUGCAUCUCUUCAAUUCCUGGCUGAAGAAAUCUCUGCUUCAGACAGCAGGUCGAGGAAGUUGUUUUGUAUUGUGUUGCCCAUUUAUGGAGUCCUUAUGUACAAAAUAAAAUUUUCUAUGAAUGUUAAAUUAUGGAGUGGAUUAUGAAUAUAUGAAUGCAAAGAAGUUUUGCAGAAGUAUAUU